GAGAGCACCGAGGCGCUCUUUGAUCUGGACAUUUCGAUUCACGCAGAGGAGCCGAAGCGAGACAUUCACAGCUUUCUGGGAAAGUUUGUCAACAACGCAAACGAGAAGGAGCACUCGCUGAACAUUGAGAACACCUUCUGGGCGAACACAGUGGUCGCCUCGGGCACCGCCAUCGGCAUCGUCAUCUACACCGGCCCCGAGACGCGGUCGAUGAUGAACAACAAUGAGCCCCGGAGUAAGGUGGGCCUGCUCGACCUGGAGGUGAACUCGCUCACCAAGCUGCUCUUUGCCGCCGUCGUCAUACUCGCCUUUGCCAUGAUCUGCCUCAAGGGCUUCUACGGCUACUGGUACAUCUACUGGUUCCGCUACGUCCUUCUUUUCAGCUACAUCAUCCCCAUCAGCCUGCGCGUCAACCUGGAGAUGGGCCGCGUCGCCUACUGUCAGAUGAUUCAGCGGGACGUGGAGAUUGCCGGCACGCUGGCGCGGACGACGACCAUUCCCGAGGACCUCGGCCGUAUUGCCUACCUGCUGACGGACAAGACGGGCACGCUGACGAAGAACGAGAUGAUCUUUAAGAAGAUCCACUUUGGCCGCCUCUCCUACGGCAAUGACCUCUUUGAGGAGGUGGCCAGCAUCCUCGCCGCCUACUACCGCCAAAUGGCGCCCUCGGCCUCGGCGGUCGCAGCCGCCGCCGCUUCGGGCACCGCCAGUUCUGGUGCUGCUGGCGGCGGUGCUGUCGGCAAGACGGGCGUGGCCGCCAACUACCAGACGCACCGGCGGGAGAGCUCCACGGCCAGUACGGCGAGCUUCACGGUGGAGCGUCGCCAUCACAUGCGCGUCAACUCGUACGACGUCGACCAGGACAUUGUGUACCGGGUGCAGCAGUCGGUGCUGGCCAUUGCCCUCUGCCACAAUGUGACGCCCGCCACGGAGAGCCCGACCUUUGGAGCUGAUGGUAAGGAGGAGGUGGUGGUGGGAGGAGGUGCAAGUAAUGGUGGUGGCGUCCAUGACCCGCACUCGGUGAACAUUCCAAUGCGCGACCUGGCCAUCACCUACCACGCCUCCAGUCCGGACGAGGUGGCGCUGGUGCAGUGGACGGAGAAGGUGGGCAUGACGCUCCUGUUUCGCGACAUUCGCCACAUUCAGCUGCGCAACCCGCUGGGGCAGAUGAUGGGCUUCGAGAUACUGGACAUCUUCCCCUUCAGCUCGGAGACGAAGCGCAUGGGCAUCAUCGUGAAGGACCUGAACACCGGCGAGAUUGUCUUCUACCUGAAGGGCGCGGACACGGUCAUGGCCAGCAUCAUCACCUACAGCGACUGGCUGCAGGAGCAGUGCGACAACAUGGCCCGCUCGGGGCUGCGCACGCUGGUGGUGGCGAAGAAGCUGCUCGAUGAGGAGCAGUACGCCUCCUUCCAGGAGCUGUACAACCAGGCGAAGUGCAACAUGAACGACCGGGCAGCCCGGAUCAGGACGGUGCUGGCGACGCUGGAGAAGGACAUGGAACUGCUCUGCUUGACGGGCGUCGAGGACCGCCUCCAGGACGGCGUGGCCACCACGCUGAAGGGCCUCCAGGACGCCGGGAUCAAGUUGUGGAUGCUGACGGGCGACAAGCUAGAGACGGCCAUUAGCAUCGCCAAGAGCUCGCAGCUGGUGAAGAAGAUGCAGGAGUUCUACGUCUUUCGGCCGGUGGCCUGUCGGGCGGACGUGCACGCCGAGCUGAACAACUUCCACCGGAAGAGCGAUUGUCCGCUGGUGAUCAGGGGCGAGGACCUGGAGCUCUGCAUGAAGUACUACUCGGCGGAGUUUAUGGACCUGGCGACGCAGUGUCCCGCCGUCGUCUGCUGCCGCUGCAGUCCCACGCAGAAGUCCGAGGUGGUGAACAUGAUCCAGCAGCGGACGGGGAAGCGGACCUGCGCCGUGGGCGACGGCGGCAAUGACGUGUCGAUGAUUCAGACGGCCAACGUGGGCAUCGGCAUUGUGGGCAAGGAGGGCCAGCAGGCGUCUCUGGCGGCCGACUUUAGCAUUCUGCAGUUUAGCAACAUCUACCGGCUGAUACUGCUGCACGGCCGCUACUCCUACAAGCGCUCUGCCACGCUCAGCCAGUUUAUCAUCCACCGCGGCCUCAUCAUCAGCACCCUGCAGGCCAUCUUCAGCUCCGCCUUCUACUUUGCCUCCGUCCCCCUGUACCAGGGCUUCCUGAUGAUCGGCUACGCCACCUUCUACACGAUGUUCCCCGUCUUCAGCAUCGUCCUCGACAAGGACGUCCACCCGAAGCUGGUGCUGAAGUUCCCGGAGCUGUACAAGCUGAUGAAGGGCCGCUCUCUCUCCUACAAGACCUUCUUCAUCUGGGUGCUCAUCUCCAUCUACCAGGGCUCGGUGAUCAUGUACGGCAGCAUUCUCCUCUUCAACGACGAGUUCAUCCACGUGGUGGCCAUCACCUUCACCGCCGUCAUCCUCACCGAGCUGCUGAUGCUCGCCCUCACCGUGCGUACCUGGCACUGGCUGAUGAUCGUCGCCGAGCUGAUCAGCUUCAGCACCUACCUCCUGACGCUCAUUCUCGCGCCCUCCUACUUCGACGAGAAGUUCAUCCAGUCGCGGGCCUUCCUCUGGAAGGUCACCCUCAUGACACUGGUCAGCUGUCUGCCGCUGUACGUGCUCAAGUUUCUCCACCGGAAGAUUGCCCCGCCCAGUCAUCACAAGUUGAACUGA